AUUCAAGAUGCUGCAAGUCAAGGCUUGAAAUUUGUUGGAAUUAUACCUCAGUACCAUUCCCAAAAGAACUGUCUUGUCAGCACCUCCCUGACACCCACCAGUAACAACUCUGUGCAAUCAAGAGAUAAUAAAAAUGUUUCAAAGUACCCCGAGGAUCAUGCUUCACCUGAUGGUGAGAAAACAGAUGGCAUUAAUGGAUGCAGUACUCCAGCACCGAGUGAGGAAAGUGCUGACCAAUGUGCCCCAUCCAGGGAGGACUGGAGGGGUGAAGGACAGGCUGCUGAAGAGGUGAAUCUCGGGUCUGCAAAAGGAAACGAAGAACAGUUUCAACAUGCGAACCCAGGUGUAAAAGAAGCAGCAGACAAGCCAAAUGGACUUGCGGAGAAUGAAACACCAGCACGAUGCUUAAAACCACUUAAUGGCAAAACAGAGAUCUUCGCUCUCUUCAACAAGCCUAAAACCCCACAAAGAUGCAGCCAAUAUUAUACAGUGACUAUCCCUAUGAGGAUCUCCAGGAAUGGGCAGACUGUCAACAGCUUGGAAGCAAAUUGGCUGGAGCACAUGACAGAUCACUUCAGGAAAGGAGGCUCAUUGGUAAAUGCCAUCUUCAGCCUUGGAAUGGUAAAUGAUUCUUUACAUGGGACAAUGGAUGGAAUAUUUCUCUUUGAAGAUGUUACUGUGGAAGACAGUAAAACCGUACAGGGCUAUGAUGCAAUUGUUGUAGAGCAGUGGACUGUCCUGAAGGGAGUUGAAGUGCAGACAGACUACGUUCCGCUGCUGAAUUCCCUUGCCAUGUACGGCUGGCAGCUGACAUGUGUGCUUCCUACUCCCAUUGUGAAGACAAACAGGGAGGGAAAUUUAUCUACAAAGCAAAUUGUAUUUCUUCAGAGACCUUCCUUGCCCCAGAAAGCAAAGAAGAAAGAAUCCAAGUUUCACUGGAGGUUCUCCAAAGAAGACAUGCACAACAAACAAAUGAAGAAUUCCACAAAGGCUAAACUGAGUACUAGGGAGAGGCAAAAGGCAGAGGAGAAGCAGGAAUUUGAAGUCACGGAGAACACAAAAAACUUAGAAGCACAGAUCUCAACAGCAGCCAAGCCUGAUCUGGAACAGCAGCUGGAUGAUGUCAUAGACUUGGGCGAUGAGGUAGCUGAGACCAAUGACAGAGGUGCCCGUCACGACGGGGCCUCAGAAGAAACAUGUCCUGCCAGCUGCGAUAGUGGUGACAGCGAUGCGCAGGCCUGCCUCAGCCAGAACACGGCUGAGCAGGUCGCAGAGCAGGGACACUGUGCUCCAGUGUCGGAUGGCUGCAGCGGCGAGGACCUGUGCAGCUCCUGUGAAUAA